AGGUCAGAGUUGAAACUGCCGGAACCUGACAGCGUGCUUCUGUUGCUAUGCCUGAUGUGGUUCUCCUGUCAUAAUCUAAACAGACCAGAAGUAGACAUUCUCAGUCGUGUACAAAAAUGAGAAACCUGAAGCUGAUGAAGUGUGUGCGCAUGUCGGAGCUGCUGCAGAGUCUGGGCUCUCCUCAGUGUGUUUCAGUCCGGACAGACACACACACCAUCCUGGUCGCCUCUCAGUUCUCCAUCACAGAGUUCGACCCCCAGACAGGCCAGGUAUUAAAUGAGGUGUCUCUUACCAUGGAGAAUUAUCUCCCAGAAGAUGGCAGCGGUGUUGUUGUGGGUGUUCAGGAUCUGCCUGAUCAGGAAUCUGUUUGUGUGGCCACUGCUCAGGGUGAUGUCAUUCUGUGGAACCUUAACACUAAUCAGCUGGAGUGUGUGGGAAGUGUGGACAGUGGACUCACUGCCAUGAGUUGGAGUCCAGACGAGGAAUUGGUGACGUUCUGCACAGGUCAAGAGACUAUCAUCUUAAUGACUAAAGACUUUGAGCCCAUAACUGAGGUGGCCAUUCACCAGGAUGAGUUUGGAGAAGGCAAAUUCAUCACAGUUGGAUGGGGUAAAAAGGAAACGCAGUUUCACGGCUCAGAGGGGAAGCAGGCGGCACAGAGAAAAGCUACAGAAGUGCAGCCUGCGGUGCCAUGGGACGACCGCAUGCCGAGGAUCACGUGGAGGGGCGACGGACAGCUCUUUGCAGUCAGCGCAAUCUGUCCUCAGACAGGUGCUAGAAAAGUCAGAGUGUGGAACAGAGAGUGUGUCCUGCAGGCUACCAGUGAAGUCGUCAACGGUCUUGAAGAAGCUCUCUGCUGGAAACCUUCAGGUAGCCUGAUAGCCUGCGCCCAGCGGCACCCUAACAAAUACAGUGUUGUGUUUAUGGAAAAGAAUGGUCUGCUGCAUGGGGACUUUACUCUGCCCUUUGCCAAGGACCAGGUUAAGGUGAAGGAGUUGCUUUGGAACAAUGACUCCACUGUGCUGGCUGUUUGGCUUGAGGACCUGAACUCAGGAGUGGACGGCAACUCCAACACAUACAUCCAGCUUUGGACAGUAGGGAAUUAUCACUAUUAUCUGAAACAGAGUCUCCAUUUCGGAAGUGAGCCCUCCAAGGCUCCAGUCUGUGUGUGUUGGGACCCUGUGAAGCCACUCCACCUCCACCUGCUGACUCGUGACUGGAGCAGUUACACAUACGACUGGAGCUGGAGCACAGAUCGCAGCCAGGGAUGUGAUACACAUGAUAAUGCCAAUGUGGCUGUAAUUGAUGGAGAUAAGAUUUUAGUGACAACAUUUCGUCAGUGUGUGGUGCCUCCACCUAUGUGUUCCUAUGAACUGCAGUUUCCUGCUCCUGUCAAUCUGGUCACCUUCCAUGCACAGCCUCUGAGUACCAAUGAGCUUGCAGCGCUAACAGCAGACGGGUAUUUACAUAUUGCUGGACGAGAUGGUAAGGAUGCCCGUGAGCCUGUUAAGGAUGCAUCUGGAUUUAGAGUGGUCUCGAAACCACUGGUUUUACAAAAGAAAUACAGUGUUGCAGUGGCCAACGAGGGGGUACUCGCUCUGCGGCUGCUGAUCUGGCUAAGAGAGGACGUGUUCAUGGCAGUAGCAUGUGGAGACGAGCUGAACCAGUCCCGUCUACUCGUACUGACCCCGUCUGACACCCAGAGCUCAGAACCCAGACUGGACAUCAGGUCAGAGGUCAAGGUUGACGGUCAUGUGAUCAGCCUGUGCCACAGCUCUAAGAGUGACAGCUUGGCUUUGCAACUGGAUGAUGGACAGAUCAGGAGAGUGAAAUGGGACUCUGCAGAGGUAACAGUGACUGACUGGAAGGAUACUUUAGAGUCCAUUGUUAGCUUUCCUCAGCCCUGUGUUCAAACCGCACUCUGUUCCAUCAACGGAGAGGAGCAUUUAGUUGGUCUGACUGAAAGAUCUCACCUCUAUAUUGGUAAUAGUGCGGUCGCUUCUGAUAUUUCCUCCUUUGUGGUGUAUGAUGAGUUCCUCCUUCUCACUACACACUCUCAUACGUGCCGUUGCUUCCGCCUGACCACAACGUCUAUUAAAGAUGUGCAGGUGGCUCUGAGUUCAGAAGCAGGUCAGAAUGAUGAGAGUGUGCGCAGAGUGGAGAGAGGAUCUCGCAUCGUUACUGUGGUCCCUCAAGACACCAGACUCAUCCUACAGAUGCCCCGUGGUAACCUCGAGACCAUCCAUCAUCGAGCUCUUGUGCUAGCUCAAAUCAGGAAGUGGCUUGAUGAGCUGAAAUUUAGAGAUGCUUUCGAAUGCAUGAGGAAGCUGCGGAUCAACCUGAACCUAAUCUACGACCACAAUCCCAGUGUAUUCUUGGAGAAUGCAGAAUUGUUUCUGAAACAGAUUAACUCGGUCAACCACACAAAUCUUUUUCUUACAGAGCUUAAAGAGGAAGAUACUACCAAGACGAUGUACCCCUGCCCAGUGAAUUCUGCCUGCCAGUCUGCUUCAGUAACAACUAGAGGAGUUCAGGGGGGGAGAAAAGUCGAUACUGUCUGCGAUGCUCUACGAUCAGCCAUGGAGACUCUUGAUCCACAUAAAUACUGCUUGAGCAUUUUAACAUCUCAUGUGAGAAAGACAACUCCUGAACUGGAGAUAGCUCUACAGAGGGUUCAUGAAUUGCGUGAAAAUCCACCCAGUGCAGAAAAUGCAGUGAGUGCAGAGGAGGCUCUAAAAUAUCUCUUGUUCCUGGUCAACGUUAAUGAGUUGUAUGAACACUCUCUGGGAACCUAUGACUUUGACCUGGUGCUCAUGGUUGCAGAAAAGUCUCAGAAGGACCCUAAAGAAUAUCUUUCGUUUCUGAACAUGCUGAAAACCCUGGAACCUAAUUACCAGCGAUAUACCAUAGACAAACACCUGAAAAGAUACAAGAAGGCUUUAAAUCACCUCAGCAAGUGUGGAGAGGAGCACUUCACUGAGUUAUUAAACUUGGUGAAGGAUCAGAAGUUGUACACCGAAGCUCUUCAGUUCUACCCUACAGACAGCCAGCAAUAUAAGGCUCUAAGUGUGGCCUACGCCGAACACCUGUUGGAGGAUCAGCAGGCUGAGCAGGCAGGGUUGUUGCUAUGGCGAUGUGGAGAGAUGCCCCGAGCUUUACAGGCCUUUAUCAGCUGCACCAGCUGGAGACACGCCCUCGCCGUGGCAACACACAUCCCUGUGCCGCCCACACAGCUAACACAGCUUGCACGAGAUCUAGCAGAGAAACUUCUAGAAAUGAGGAGACAUACAGAGGCUGCUCUUCUGCUGGAGCACUACGCUAAGGACUGUGAGGAGGCUAUUUCUGCUCUGAUUGACGGCUCUGCCUGGGAGGAAGCUCUCAGAUUAAUUUACCUUUACAACAGACCAGACAUCAUUGAAACCAAUUUGAAGCCUGCCCUUUUGGAUGCUCACAGCACUCAGAUGGCCUUUGUGGACUCUCAGAGGGCUCUGUUCACACGCCAUAAGAACAGACUGGCUGUUGUGCGAGAGCAGAAAGAGAAGGCUAGACUGGAGUUUGGAGACGAGGACGGCCCUGACUGCGCAGACGCUGAGCUCUACUCAGAGGCCAGCAGUGUCCUGACCGGCAGCCGUCUCGGAUCAAAAUACUCCCACAGCAACUCGCGCAUCUCCUCGAGAUCAUCUAAGAACCGCAGGAAAGCUGAAGGAAAGAAGCACAGCCUGAAGGAAGGAAGCCCCUUUGAGGACAUCGCCCUUCUCCACGCCAUUAUCCAGAUCAUCCGUAUCGUUGACAAGAUGAGGGAGGAGAUCCACAGCCUCCUGAAGGCACUGAUACUGUUUCAGUUUGACAAGCUGGCCAGCAGCCUGCAGACAGACUACAGCGAGCUGCUACAGCUCAUAGACACGGGCAUCCCUCAGAUCUGGCAUAAAGAAAUUCAACAGAGCCAGACUCCAAUCACAGGCCCCAAUGCAACAGCAAACAGCAUCAUGGCUUCGCUUCAGCAGCCCAGACCUGCCACUGUUUCCCAGCAGGAUGCAGAGAUCCUCACACCACCCAAGAUGCGCCAGUCUGUCAAAUGGAAACUGUCAAUCCUAGAAUAGUCCUUGUUUAAAAAAGUGAGCAAAUGUUUUACAGUGUAUCAUUAAAUCAUUUCGUAACCUAAGAGCAAAAUUGAGUUUGAGGUUAAUCUCAUUGUCCAAGUACAAUAUUUUGAAAGUGCACAAUACAUAUAAAUCUAACAAUUGUAUAUUAGGAAAAAAAAAAAUUCUUCUGUAUAGUAGCUUAAAAUCCACCAAGUUUUCAUCCCAUAGUCUAUACUUCUGAAUAUGAAAUACACUUUAGGGUCAAUAGAGAAAUAGAGAGGCCUAAGUGGUGAGUUUUGUUUAAAACAUCCUCAAGCUGCAUGACAAUU